CAAUGCGUAUAUUUGAAAAUUGUACAAAUUUUUCUACAAUAAUUUUGAUAUUUUCAUAUUUUUCUUUUGUAUUUGUCAUUGUUUAGAUGAAAACUUUCUAGAAAUCACCAUUAGCAAUGUCUUACCAAUACAAUUACAAAUUUUGGAUUGCAACUGCUGACCAAAUCAACGACGUCUUCAUCAGGAAGAAGGUCUUUGAAAAAAUCACUUCGGUAUCAGACAAAUAUCAAGCUCACGAAAUCUUCUCCCUGAUAUACACCCACUAUGUUGGCAUUGUAAAUCGGUUGAGCUAUCUAUUCGACGUCACCUGCCAGGUGCAGAAAAGGAACCUCAUUAAACGGCUCCUGGAAGCAGCCACCAACCGAAUAUUAGAGCUUCGCAAUGAGCUCAAAGAAAUAGAACUGAGUGAGUUCAUUUACUUGGACAAUGUCUUGAUCAAGGUGAAGGUACUGGUAGAGGACGUACAACUACUGAGGCCCUUCUACUUCCCCAUGCCAAGAGAUCCUCAUAUCCAAGAUUUAGUGGAUAAUAAAAUCCCUCCGGAAAAAAUGGAGGACGAAAGAAGCGCCAUAUCAAACGAGGAGAUGGAAAAACGCUUCACUAGACCUAAAUAUUCACGGCUGCCUUUAAAACGCAAAUCCAGCAUAAUGGCGCUACUGGCUCAGACGAAUCCUGAGCAGUACAAUCAUAUCAUGGCAACCAUUUUGAUAAAGGUCCACGAAAAAGCCCGAAAAGCCAGAAUUUUAUUAACAAACAUACGUUGUGAUCCUGAACAUUACAAGCCCCAAGCGCCGGAUAUUGGAAAAGGAUUUUAUUAUGAAUUUACUCAUAAACCAGACCAACCGAUGUUAGUCCUGGUGAAAAGGACUUUCUACGAUUCUAAAUACUUCAUUGACCGACAAAUCUCACAGGAAGUCGACUACUAUGUCAGACCUGUCCACAGGAAACUUAAACUGAAAGAUACACAACUUAAAAAAUCUAAAGGAUCGGACGAAGGUUCACUCGAUGAUGAUUUUAUAAAAUUCGAGAACGACUUUGCGGAAGAUACUUAUUUUGGUGAAUAUGAAAGGGGGGAUAUAACAACCAGUGUGAGUAGCGGUAAAGAACUGAUCAACAGUUUCUACCAUGGCACGCCUGUGCUUUCUCACCUCUCUACGGCAGAACUCAAAGAGAGGAUUAAGAAUACAGAGAGUUUUGCUCAGAUUUCACAAAUAGCUUACAUCUUAAACCAAGAAAAGGGGUCCAACCAAAGUGAAGCUGAGGAUGCCGAGAGAGAGAGCGUAUCUGACCGUGGCGGUACGGUUACCACUGUACCGCUUGAUGUGCAAGUAAAUCGAUCAAGUGAGAAAACUAUUUUACCGGAUACUCCUGUCUCGAUACCAAAGGCUGUUGAUGGAGAAAUCAAGAAAUCAUUGACCGUAACUAGUGUCGUCACGGAUCGGCGCUCCCGAAAAUCUAUUUUGAAACAAGGCGGUGCUGUUAGUAGUGAGAAAAUCCGUCCGACAAUUGUCGAAAACAUUGCUGAGGACGAAGAUCGCUUGUCAAUGGACGCGGUAGAAGCUCUCCUUAAGGAAAAAUUGAGGGACGCAGCUGCUUCAGUAAUUCAGUUUGCGUGGAGGCGAUACUUGCUUCAGAAACGUGUAGAGAAACGAAGGCUUCAAAAACUAAUUCUUUAUGGAAUGGUUAGUGAAUGGCGAUGGAAUGUGAGAGCAGAUCGUGAACUCGAAGAGGAUCGUCUGAAACGUAGAAACAAGAAGGCUCUAUUCGACCAGCAAUUUAUUCAGGCAGUUGAAAAUGAGAAAGCACGAAUAUUGAAAGUACGAGGUCCGUGGAUUAUGGAAGAUAUCUCGGAUCAUAUAAGGGCCUGGUUUCGUGAAUUUUACGACGGAACUGGCGAAUUUGAUCGUUAUCCAGAAGAAUUUGAGGGUGGCACUAUUUUAGUUUUACGCGGAGAAACUAUGACCGUACCAGAAUAUCUCCAAACUAAAGAAGAUAAAAAGAAUAAAAAGAAAAAAUCCGCUGCUGAAAAGCAGAAGGAGAAAGAAAAGCGGAAGGCUGAACGGGAAAAGUUAAAGGAACUGAAGAAAAAAGAGAAGGAAAAGGCUAAAUUACUGAAGAAACUAGAAGCAAAACUUGGGAAAACCUAUAAUUUUUCAAAGGUGUCCCCGUAUUAUGAAGAAAUGAAAGAGAUAAUGAAGGAGUAUGAAACAGAAUGGGCGAAUAUCGAUGAGAAACAAAAUGUGAAUGAAGAUCCUUAUAUGGAAUGGAUAAGCUUGGACAAAUUUGCAGAGGCUCACCAAGAAUUACGGCUGGCUGUUGAUGAGUUGAUGAGGGUUGAAUUUGAACUUCUCCGUAAAGCACUUGCCGAAGAUCGCCGAAAAAAAUACAAACCCCAAAAGAAAAAGAAACAAAAAAAGAAAAAAGGUAAACGCGGAAAAAAGAAGAAGCAACCCAAGGAUCUUACUGCUGAUCGGACGAUAGAAUCCUUGUAUCACGAACUGAAAGACUACGGUCUGAUUAAGGAAAUGCCUCGUGCGAAUUUGGAUGAACAUGUUGGAGAAUACAACCUUUCAGCUUAUGAAAAACGAAUGAUUUACAUGCAAGAUCCCCCUCCAGGCCACGGCGAAAUCAAGAGCGUCAUACGCGAAGCCAUCAUUGGAAUGGGUCCAUUAGACGUAAGCAAGGCUAAAUCAAUCCUUAUAGCAGGCGCUCCUAACAGUGGCAAGCAGUUUCUCGUGCAGGCAAUUGCUUCUGAAGUUGGUGCUAUCGUCUUCGAUAUAAGCCCUGAGAAUGUUGUCCAAUUUGAAGCAAAUAUGAAGUACUUCCUUCACUUGAUCAACAAAAUGUCUCGAGCACUCCAACCUACCAUCCUCUAUAUAAACCAAUGUGAGCGUCUUUUCUGGAAGAAAGUACCAAAAGAUCAAACCGACAUUAAACCUCGUCUUCUCGGCAAGUAUAUUAUCAAGCAAAUUGUGAAGCCAAUCAAAAAGGAAGACAAAGUCCUUGUGCUUGGUAUUAGUAACGAACCAUUCAAAGCCAAAUUAGGAAAAAUGAAAAAGUGUUUCGAGAGGAUAAUAAUAGUUCCUCGCGCCGAUUAUGGUACCACGUUUCAGAUACAUCGGGUCCUCGCGAUGAAAAAAUAUGGAUUACCGCGGGAUUUUGAUUUUUCCGCAGUUUCGAUGGUUACGAAAGGAUACGCCUCGUCAGUGGUUUAUAACAACUUGAACGCAACUUUGGGUAUUGAACGGAGGAUGAAGUUCCCAAUUAAGCCCCUUAAAGCUCAAGAGUUAAUUGAGGGGUAUUUCAAUCGCGAAGAGCCAAAGUUUCCAAUUACUGAUGAUGAAUUCGCAAAGUACAUAAAAUUCUACACUAAAGCAAAUAAAUUAGCUAAGCAGCGAGUUAAAUUUAUGAAAGAACAAGAAAAAUUAAAGGCAAAGGAGAAGCCGAAAGGGAAAAAAUGAUUUUAAAAUUA